AUGCGGAUGCUCGCAUAUGGAGCAUCCGUUGACUCCGUUGACGACUACGUUCGGAUCGGUAAAAGUACGUCGCUUGAGAGCGUGAAGAGGUUUGUUCGAUCAAUUAUCAACAUCUUUGGAGAGGAAUACCUUCGUGCACCGACUAAUGAAGACGUUGCACGCCUGCUCGAGGAAGGCUCACAACGAGGUUUUUCUGGUAUGCUUGGGAGCAUCGACUGCAUGCACUGGAUAUGGAAGAACUGUCCAACUGCCUGGCAAGGUAUGUAUAUUGGACAUUUUCAUGAACCUACAAUUAUUUUGGAGGCCGUAGCUAGCAAAUAUCUUUGGAUAUGGCAUGCCUUCUUUGGACUGCUGGGGUCUCACAAUGACCUUAAUGUUUUACAUCGUUCACCGGUUUUCGCACAACUUAUGGAGGGAAGAGCUUCACCGUGCAACUAUACUGUCAAUGGCCACGAGUAUAAUAUGGGAUACUAUCUCGCCGACGGGAUUUAUCCAGAGUGGUCCACAUUAGUGAAGACUAUUCCAGCACCUCGAGGAAACAAGCAUAAGUACUUUGCUCAACAACAAGAAAGCGCAAGAAAAGAUGUUGAGCGAGCUUUUGGCGUGUUGCAAGCUCGAUUUGCGAUUGUUCGUGGACCAGGACGUUUCUAG